ACUAAAUAGAAUUUUCACCGUCCGUGGUUAUAAUUUUCAGAUGAAAAUCUUUUCUUGUCAUCUUGAUGAGCAGUAAGAUACCCAAUUAAAAAUAAAAUCUGGGAAUUUCGUGUUUUGGGCAUGAUCUCUCUUCCUUAAUUGCAGGCUGAGGGCGUCAGAGAGAAUAAUUAGUUAUGCAGGCAUGUAAUUUGUCUUUAAUCUUAGCUUGUUUAAUUUCUCCUCUUUUAAUUUAUUUCUCAGCUUCCAAGAUAAUUUGUUGCUGCAGGUGCAGGACGCCAUUUUUGUUCUCGUAAAGCUUCUCAUCAUCAUCGCCGCUUCGUUUGUCAGAACAUCAUCGUCUCUCCAGGUUGGAGAAACAUGUUCUGCUACACGCACAUGCGAUGAUGGCUUGUUCUGUUCCACCUGCCCUGCAAAUGGAAAUACCCGUGACAGAUGCGUUCGCACCAAACCCACCAUUCCCACAUCGAAGGUGAAAGGGUUGCCAUUCAACAAGUAUUCAUGGCUGACGACUCACAAUUCAUUUGCUCGGUCAGGGGUCAAAUCAGCCACCGGAUCUGAUAUUAUAUCGCUAAUAACCAAUCAAGAUGACAGCAUCACUGAUCAGCUCAAGAAUGGGGUUAGAGGACUUAUGCUUGAUAUGUAUGACUUUAAUGGUGACAUCUGGUUGUGCCACUCAUAUGGUGGGAAUUGCUACAAUGUUACAUCUUUUGAACCUGCCAUUGGCGUGCUGAAAGAAAUUAAUACUUUUCUUGGUGAAAACCCCUCUGAGAUUGUCACUAUUUUCAUUGAGGACUAUGUGACUUCCCCACAAGGCUUGAAAAAUGUUUUUAAUGCAUCUGGGCUUAGCAAGUACUGGUUUCCAGUGUCUCGAAUGCCCAAAAAUGGGGGGGAUUGGCCUACAGUGGAUGAUAUGGUGAAUAAGAAUCAACGGCUGGUUGUCUUUACCUCUAAAAGAAAUAAGGAGGCUACUGAUGGGAUUGCUUACGAGUGGACAUAUGUAGUGGAAAACCAAUAUGGAACAGAGGGAAUGGUGGCUGGUUCAUGUCCAAACCGUGCAGAAUCAUCUCCUAUGAAUAAUGCAAAAAGCUCAUUAGUUCUUCAGAAUUAUUUUCCAACCAAUCCUGAUAAGGCAUACUCAUGUGUUAAUAAUUCUGCUGGACUACUUAGUAUGAUAGAUACUUGUUACAAAGCAGCUGGUCAGCGUUGGCCCAAUUUCAUUGCAGUUGAUUUUUACAAGGAGAGUGAUGGUGGUGGUGCAGCAGAAGCGGUGGAUCGAGCAAACGGUCAGUUGGCUUGUAACUGUACUAGCAUUGCAUAUUGCAAGCAAAACGGUCAGUCUAUGACAUGUGAAGCACCUAAGCUGUCCCCACCACCACCGGCAGGAUCGUCAGCUACUGAUUCGACAUUGCCGGAUUCCAGCGAUAGUAAUGAUUCAUCGGUGUGCAGCCCUCCCCAACAGUUUCAGUGGUUGAUGGUUAUGAAGAUGUUCACCAUAACAGUCUUACUAUGGUGGUUGUAAACUGGCAGUUACUUGCUACUGAUCGCGGGAAAUCUACACAAUGUUUUUUAAAUACCCAAGUUGAGUUGUACCAAUGCACAGAAUUGACUCGUUCUUUUUUGUAUUCGCUUGAUAGGUUAUUGCGAAUUUGUGGUUCUCUAAAACUUGCAAGAGUGAUAUGUAAUGAUGGGCAGUGGCCGAGGGACUAGGAGAAUCCUUCAGAAAAAUUAAUGUUAUUUGAUAGGAAUGUGAGGAGAUUUUAGCUUUCUUUGCACAAUCUUUUGACCCUUCUGACCUUCUCCAUGCAUAUAAGUUAAAACAUGUUUUGUAUUGCAACUAGGGUUGGAAUGUGUUGAGCUUGAACUUAAUUCGGG